AUGUCAACCGUCGGAGAGCUGUCGAAGAAGUACAAGCCCGAAGUGGCCCAGCUGCAGGCAAUCUUCCCUUCCUGGGACGAGGGAGACCUCGUCUUUGCGCUCCAGGACUCCAGGGGCAACCUCGAAGAGGCCGUCCUUGCCAUCUCUGAGGGCCGCGCGUCCCAGUUCACCCAAGCCACCAAGAAGAAGCCCGUUAAGACUGCUGCGUCCAAGUCGCACAGCAGGAACGCCGACGCCGGCGGUUGGGAAACCUCGGACAACUUUGCCGCGGGCGGUCGCGGCGGUCGUGCCGGAGGACGUGGUGGACGUGGCGGUGCGGCGAGGGGUGGUGGUGCGCAGGCAGUGCGUGGAGCUCGAGUCGGUCGGGGCGGUGCGCGCGGUGGUGGUCGUGGUGGCUUUGCUGGCGUGAACGGCAACGGUGCCAAGAAGUCUGAUGGCCCCGCCGACGCAUGGCCGACUACUACUGCGACGACCAGCGAGGAGUGGAACAACCAGGUCGAGCAGUCCGAGGCUGCUUCAGCGCACGAGGACGACGGUGGUUGGGGCGACGAGCCCGCAAAGGAGACUCCUGCGCCUACCAAGCCCGAGUCCAGCAAGGUUGACUUUGCGGCAGCGGCCGCAAAGUCGGUGGAGCAGGCCAAGAACACUGCAGCCGGCGCGUGGGGUGCUGGAAAGCCUAAGAGCCUCUCAAAGCAGGCUCCUCCUACCCCCGCCGCCGCUCCUGUUGCCCCUGUGGCCGCUGCCCCCGCAGCUCCUGCCCCCGUCGCCGCCGCUCCCGUCGCCGCUCCCACUCCUGUCGCAGCUCCUGCUGUCCCCGCAGUCCCUGCAGCCAAGCCCAAGAUGACCUGGGCCCAGAUUGCCAAGCCCGUCGAGCAGCCCAAGCCUGCCCCUCCCCCAGCUCCCAAGGCCGAGCCCGAGCCUGUGGCUGCCCCCGAGGAGCCUGCUCAGGAGGAAGAGGAGGAGGAGAUUGAGACUGCCCCCGAGGCCGAGCAGGAGGAGGAGGCUGUCGUCGAGCCCGCCGAGGAGGUUGCCGAGGCUGCCGUUGAGGAGCCCGCUACCACCGAAGAGCCCAUCGAGCCCGCCAGCAACGGCGCUGCCGAGGUCGACGCUCCCGAGCAGACCCCUGCCCCAGUUGCCGCCCAAGAGUCGUGGGCUAGCGACCCCGCAAUUGUCGCUUCGACUGCUCCCGUCCCCGCGCCUGCUGCUGAGCCGGUCACCACCUACACUGGUCCUCCUGGCUUCAACACCAUCGCUACCAAGGCUGUUGGCGGUACCACUCCUCAGCCCCGCACCAACUCGCGCGCCGCUCAGCGCUUCAAGGCCGACGGCCAGGCCGUCGUUCUCCCCGCCCAGGCCAGCGGUGUGUCGUCGGUCGAGGUCCAGUUUGGCAGCUUGAGCUUUGGCGGUCUCAACGGCGACGGCGUCGAGGCGCCCGUCCAGCCCGAGGUCCCCGCUCAGGCUGAGGUCGCUCGCGCUCCUUCGCCCGCUCGUGCUGCCCCCGCACCUGUUGCCGCUCCUGCUGCCCCCGUGGCCCCCGUCGCCGCCCCUGUCCAGGCGCCCGCUGUUCCCGCAGCCGCUUCGUGGCAGCAGCAGGUCCCCCAGCAGCAGCCUGCCGGCUACCCUCCCUCGCAGACUCUGCAGCAGCAGAUGCAGGCCUACCAGUCGUACGGCCAGCAGCAGCCCCAGCAGCCUCAGCAGCAGCCUCAGCAGGAGGCUCAGCAGCACCAGCAGUCGCAGUACUACCGCCAGGACUACUACAACCCCAUCGGCUCGCAGCCCCAGGCCCAGCAGCAGCAGCCUCAGCAGCAGCCCGAGCCCCAGCAGCAGCAGCCCCAACAGCAGCAGCAGCCUCAGCUCGCCCAGCAGGCUCAGCCCCAGCAGCACUCGUACGACGCCGCUCCCUUUGGCAACUACGGAUCGCAGGGUGGUUGGAACCAGCCCGCUGCUCAGGAGAGCCAGUACGGCCACGCCGGUCGCUUCGACUCGUACUCGUCCGGUGGCUACCCCCGUCCUCCCGCCGAGGAGCCCAAGCAGGCCGCUCCUGCUCCUUCCCACGCCGCUGCCCCCGGUCAGCCCCAGCAGAACCUGCCACACCAGCAGCACCAGUACUACUCGGCUCUCGGCAACAUGGGCUACUACCAGUCGGGUCCCUACAACCCCUACUACCAGUACGGCCAGGCCCCCAACCCCGGCUUCCAGCAGUACUACCCCAUGGCCGGCCGCAACCUUUACGGCCAGCCCGCUCCCCAGGCUCCCCCCGCGCCCAUCCCCACCAACAAGCCCACUCCUCCUGCCGCGCACCACUCCCCUUACGGCGCGCCCAGCUACCCGUCGUCGUCGGGCUUUGACGACCAGUCGUUCGGUCUCGGCCGUUAUGGUGACUCGAACAAGGCUGCCGCCGCUCCCCAGUCGGGUGCGGGUGCCCAGGGUCAGCAGAACCCCCAGCCCAUCGGUGUCGGCGCCGGUUCGCUCCCCCAGUCGUACCCUUCGCAGCAGGGUAUCCACAACUUCCUCGGCGGCCCCGCUUCGGGCUCGGCGCAGCCCAACCGCCCCCAGGCCGGUACUCCCGAGGACAGCUUCAAGGCCCAGGGUGCCGGUAACGCCGCAUCGACUCCCGCCGCUGGCGCUCGCGUCCAGCCUCAGCAGCCCCAGGCGCAGGCCUUUGCCAGCUACCCAUACGGUGGCGGCUACCAGAGCCACGAGUGGUCGCAGUAUGGCCACUCGCGUAACGGCGGCUACCAGUCGGGCUGGCAGCAGUAA